CUAAACCUCAAAUUUCCCUCUUUUCUCAUCAGCUUCAAACCCACCCCUCUCCCCCUUCUUCGACCUUCUCCUACCCGCUCUCUCCGCACACACAGAUCAAUCUCCAAAUCCCAAUCUCGAGAAACCUUCCGGCGAACCAGCCGGAAGAAACCUCAACCGGCGUAGAAAAACCCACUCACCCACUUGAAACUUUCCCGCGUUUCACGAAUUUUCCGUCCCUCUGGGGUCUUGGGGAUUGAUUCUUCCAAUUCGGUGAAUUGGGUUCCGUCUAGAAGAAUGGCGACUGGUGGACCCGGAGCCCACCAGGAAGAAGGUGACAAGACCCUCUCCGCUGCUACCCCUGCUGCUGGCGGCGGUGGUGGGGCCGUCGCGUCUAGAGGUGGCGGCGGGGGUGGAGGGGCCAGGUCGUGGGGAACAACCACCGCCUCGGGCGGUCAAUCGGUGUCAACGAGUGGCAGCGUGGGGUCUCCGUCGAGCAGGAGCGAGCAGGCCAUCGCCACGCCGGCCAGCGACAACACUUACCUACGGCUGAACCAUCUCGACAUUCACGCCGACGACGCCGCUACCCAGGAUGCUGCGGCUAACAAGAAAAAGAAAAGAGGUCAACGGGUAGUAGGAGCUGAUAAAAGCGGUAGAGGUCUCCGACAAUUUAGCAUGAAAGUGUGUGAAAAAGUAGAAAGCAAAGGCACAACCACUUACAAUGAGGUGGCAGAUGAACUUGUAGCAGAGUUUGCUGAUCCUGGUGGUGUUGUUCCAGCAGGCCCAGACCAGGUCCAACAAUAUGACGAGAAAAACAUACGGCGGAGGGUGUAUGAUGCCUUGAAUGUCCUCAUGGCUUUGGAUAUCAUAUCUAAAGAUAAAAAAGAAAUUCAAUGGAAAGGCCUUCCUCGGACCAGUCUGAGUGACAUUGAGGAACUGAAUGCCGAACAGCUCUCAUUGAGAAAUAGGAAUGAAAAGAAAGCACACUAUUUGCAAGAACUGAAGGAACAACAUGUAGGGCUUCAGAAUUUGAUACAACGAAACGAGCACCUAUACAGCUCUGGAAAUGCUCCAAGUGGGGGUGUGUCACUGCCUUUUAUUCUGGUGCAGGUAAAUCAUUUAGUGACUACAUUUGUGAAUCUCUCACCAUCAGUGACUUCCUUUUUUUAAUGGCAUUCCUUCUGGUAGCCUCCUUAACAUCUGAUCUUACUUCGACAAAUAUGGCCAUUUGGCCAACUGUAGACUCGACCCCAUGCAACUGUGGAGGUAGAAAUAUCAGAGGAUAUGCAGCUCGUCCAUUUCGACUUCAACAGCACCCCAUUCGAGCUCCACGACGAUAACUACGUUCUGAGAGCAAUGAAACUCAGUGAUAACGACUCCUCAACACCAAACAUGGUCAUCGACUUAGAUGAACAAGGAUCUCGAAUGUUCCAGCAACAGCAACAACAUUUGCUUCCUGCUACUGUCACAACUACCCCAGUCAGGCCUGCUCCCACUUCGCCGCCCAUUCCUGGGAUCAUUAAAUCACGGGCAAAGCACGAGCACUGACCUGGCGAAUGAUAUCUCUCAAUUAGACCGAUCCUCUUUUUUGUGCAUAUCCAUGUAAAGUAAUCAAUGGCUUAGAGAAAAGUGCCCUUUGUUGUUGACGAUGGUGAUCAUUGUAGUAGAUGAUUAGAGGGUAGGUUAAGUCGCAAGCGGGUUAGCUUUCAGGUGCUGUUUAGGCGGCGAAACCCUGAGGAUUGUUGUAGAGAUUAGAGAGAGCUAUCUUACUUUAUGGUGCUGUUUAGGCGGGGAAACCCAGAGGAUCUGGUCAGGCAUGGAGAUUAGAGAGAGCUAUCUUACAUGAUCUGAAUGUUUUAUUGGGAUAUAUAAUGAAUUGGAUUACUAUAAUUCCAUAUAUUCAUCAAUUGUAUCCUACAUUCUAACCCCUGCAUUGUGUGUUGUGUUGGGGUUUAGUUUUUCUUCUCAG